AUGGUCUCCGCAUCCAAGGCCGCCCGUGAGGCCAAGCGCGCCGCGUCUGGCAAGGAGCCCAAGAAGACAGCCGCCAGCAAGGUCGCCUCCAAGAACGCCUCCAAGGAUGCAUCCGCCGCCUCGUCCGUCAACGGCGAUGAGACGCCGCCCAUGAUGGACGGCGACGGCGACGCGCUCCCCGACUCCAACAGCAAGGCAAUCAGCGAUAAGGUCGCCAAGCUCACCCUGCAGGAGGACAAGGACGGCAUCUCAGACCGCGUCACCACCGGUGUGCUGGCCUCGCUCGAAGCCAGCCGCGACGUCAAGAUCACCUCCGCCUCGCUCGUCUUCCACGGCAAGGUCCUCUUCAACGACACCACCAUCGAGGUCAACUAUGGCCGUCGGUACGGUCUGCUCGGCGAGAACGGCUGCGGCAAGUCCACCCUGCUCAAAUCCAUCGCCAAGCGCGAGUUCCCCUUCCCCGACCACAUCGACAUCUACCUCCUCAACGAAGGUGCGCCGCCUUCGAACCACGGGGCCCUCGAGUGGGUCGUUAUGCAGGCGGAGAAUGAGAUGAAGAGACUGGAGAAGCUUUCGGAAGAAAUUCUUGAAGAUGAGGGCCCAGACAGCCCCAAGCUGGAGGACCUGUACGAGAAGAUUGAUGCCAUGGAUCCUUCUACCUUCCACACCCGUGCAUCCCUCAUUCUGACGGGUCUCGGCUUCAACAAGAAGACCAUUGACAAGAAGACCAAGGACAUGUCCGGUGGUUGGCGUAUGCGUGUCGCUCUCGCCAAGGCUCUCUUCGUCAGACCUGAUCUGCUCUUGCUCGACGACCCAACGGCCCAUUUGGAUCUCGAGGCCUGCGUGUGGUUGGAGGAAUACCUCAAGAAGUGGGACCGCACGCUCAUCCUCGUCUCCCACUCGCUCGACUUCUUGAACGGCGUCUGCACCAACAUGAUUGACAUGCGCAUGAAGACGCUCAUGUAUUUCGGUGGUAACUACGACUCAUACAUGAAGACCCGCUCCGAGAACGAGGUCAACCAGCAAAAGGCAUACGAGAAGCAGCAGGAGGAAAUCAAACACAUCAAGGAAUUCAUUGCCAAGGCCGGCACCUACGCCAACUUGGUGCGGCAGGCCAAGUCGCGUCAAAAGAUUCUCGACAAGAUGGAGGCCGAGGGUUUCAUCCAGCCCGUGCAUCAAGACCGCGUCUUCACCUUCCGCUUCGCCGAUGUCGAGAAGCUGCCACCGCCGGUGCUUUCCCUCGACAACGUCACCUUCUCCUACUCGGGCGAGAAGAAGGACAACCUGUACGAGAACCUCGACUUUGGUGUCGACAUGGACAGCAGAACCGCUCUCGUCGGUCCCAACGGUGUGGGCAAGUCGACCCUCCUUCGUAUCUUCACUGGCAAGCUUUCUCCCACUUCUGGCUCCGUUUCUCGACACACGCACUUGAAGCUUGGCAUGUACAGCCAGCACUCUGCUGAGCAGCUCGACCUGACCAAGUCUUCCCUUGACUUUGUCCGUGACAAGUACCCUCAGAUCUCACAAGACUACCAGUACUGGCGUCAGCAACUGGGCCGGUAUGGUCUUUCUGGUGAGUCACAGACGGCCAUCAUGGGCACGCUGUCCGAGGGACAGAAGAGCCGUAUCGUCUUCGCAUUGCUCGCCAUUGAGAGCCCCAACAUGCUGUUGCUCGACGAGCCUACCAACGGUCUCGACAUCCCUACCAUCGAUUCGCUCGCCGACGCCAUCAAUGCCUUCUCUGGAGGUGUCGUCGUCGUCUCUCACGAUUUCAGAUUGCUCGACAAGAUCGCCAAGGACAUCAUGGUGUGCGAGAACAAGACAGUCACGCGGUGGGACGGUAGCAUCACCGAGUACAAGAACCACCUGAGGAAGAAGAUGAUCCAGAACAAGAUUUUGUAA